UCUAAUCUACUAACAAAUAUUCUACAGUAUGUAUACAUGGUGUCAUUUCAAGAUGAGAUAUCUUUUUAGACAAUCAAACAUAACAUUCUUGAUCAAUGAUGAGCAGAGAAACAAGUGGAGUUGAGCUACUUGGAGCAUGGGCAAGCCCAUACUCAAUCAGAGUGCAGAUAGCUCUAAAUCUCAAGUCGAUCCCUUACGAAUUCACUGAAGAGAAAUUCUACACGACCAACAAAAGCGCACGCCUCCUUGAGGCCAACCCGAUCCACAAGAAAAUACCAGUUCUGAUCCAUGAUGGAAAGCCUAUAUCCGAGUCUCUCAUCAUUCUUCAAUACAUUGAUGAAGCAUGGCCUUCCAAUGGCCCAUCCAUCCUUCCCUCCGACCCCUAUGAUCGCGCAAUGGCACGUUUUUGGGCAGCAUAUGUUGAUGAGAAGUGGUUUCCGGCAUUCAAGGAGCUGGAGAAGGCAUCAGGAGAUGAGGAAAGAGGCGCUAUUGUUGAGAGGAUACAUGAAGGAGCAGUAUUGUUGGAGGAGAGCUUUGUGAAAUGCUGCAGAUUGAAGGCUUAUUUUGGUGGAGACAGCCUUGGUUACAUUGAUAUUGUGUUGGGAAGCUACUUGGGAUUUAUUAAAUUAACAGAAUCUGCAACUGGUAUUAAGAUUUUUGAGGAAAUGAGGACUCCUGGAUUAGCAAGAUGGGCUCAGAGGCUCUCUUCACAUGAAGCAGCUAAGGAUGUUUUGCCAGAUGCUCAAAAGCUUUUCCACUUUUACAUGAUGGUUCAAGAGUCUCAGAAGAUUGAAUAAAUAUAUGUUUUUGUUUUUAGAGAAUAUGAUGUGUUUAUCAGUGAAUGGAAUGAUAGCAAUAAUAGUAUCCC